AAAAUAUGAACCGCAAACGAUCGACGUCAUGGGCAACGUUUCACCAAAUCAACCGCUCAGAGUCUUAGACAGAGUCACACAGUUCUACUCCACGAUCUCGUCGGGAGCCUCUUCGCUGAAAAGACGAGCGCCAUCAUGCAGGCCGUUCUUCCUGCCCUAACCCGACGAUGGCGGUAUAAAAAAGAAGCUUAUCCGCCUUUUGACAGGACAUCUCUGCCGUCACCAACAAUGGGCAGCUUUUCUUAAGUCCAUCUUCCCGCCGUGACUUCAUGAACACAAUGACGACUAUUCCAGUGCCAGAGCAUUUACCUCUAGGAAUCUCGCUGCCCCCAGGAGAUCCCCAUGUAAGUAGCACCAACUUGGGUGUCAGUGUACAUCUGCCGAAAUGGGCUGACACCGUCGGUUGGGCAUCCCGCGAGCCCCGGGUGUUGGACGUAAUGAAGACGGGGUACCCACGCUUCUUCGUCCCGCGCGUGGUACAUCAGUUGGCCAUGCGCCUUCUCGUCGGACAGCAGUCGGACACGGCCUUUGCGAACGACAUUGGAAUACACGGAGACGGCGAAGAGAGACUGGCAACCUUGUUAAACUCAGCCCAGCACGGUCGGGAAUGCCGCAAGGUACUCCCAGAAUGGAGUAAAGAACGAAUGACAAACACGAAAGCGGCACAUAUUGGAGUCUACGCCGUGACCUGGGAUGGCAAAGUCUCGCCUGUACAAGAGGCGGAUAACCCCGACGGAAACGAGCCCACCCGCGAAACCGGCGAAGAGGACAUCAUCCUCGCCACAUAUCCGGCCGAGCUAGCCCUUGAAGCUAAAUCGUUUUGGCAACACACCGCCCGGGCUGCGCUGAAAGACCGAAUCGCCACCGGUCAGUCCUCACCCGCCCACAACCUCCACGUCGCGCCCUCGGACGUCUUCCUCUUCCCGACCGGCAUGUCCGCCAUCGCCGCGAUAGCCACCGCCAUCAAGUCUCUCCGCCCACCCACCCCCGGCUUCCCCGGCAACCCCCUCCUGCAAUCCCCCGACCUGACCCACCUCCACCAGCUCUCCCGCACCCAUAACUUCACCCUCGUCGUCGACGAUACCGUCGGCACGCACGCCUCCACCCCCGUCGGCACGCACGCCUCCACCCCCGUCCUGCGCGCGUGCGACGCAGUCUGUACGAGCCUGACGAAAUUGUUUAGUGGGGCGUGUAAUGUGAUGGGCGGGGCGGUGACGCUGAACCCGGCAUCCGGAGUGUCUGGGGGGUUGAGGGGGGUGUUGGAAGGGGGAAGGGGGGAGGCGGAAGCGGCGUGGUUCUGGGAGGACGUGGUUGUGAUGGAGGGGAAUAGUCGGGAUUUUGGGGCCAGGGUGGAUAGGGCCGGGGGGAAUGCUGAGGUGGUGGUGGGGUUGUUGAGGGGGAGGGGGGCGGUGGUGAGGGAAGUGUAUUACCCGCUGGGCGGGCCGACGCAGGCGUUGUAUGAUGCGUUUCGGGUGGAGGGGGGGAGGUAUGGGUUUCUGGUGUCGGUAAGGUUUUGGGAGAAGGCGCAGGCCGUGGCGUUUUAUGACGCGUUGGAUGUGGCCAAGGGGCCGAGCUUGGGGACCAACUUUACGCUAUGCUGUGCCUACACGCUGCUGGCGCACUACAGCGAGUUGGAGUGGGCGGCUGGGUAUGGGGUGGUGGAGGACUUGGUCAGGAUAAGUGUCGGGUUGGAGGACAGGGCGUGGUUGGAGGAGCGGGUUGCGAGAGCGUUAAGAGCGGCGGAGGGGGUGACGGCAGUUGAGGAUAAGGGCAAGCCCUAA